AUGGUACAGAUGGCUUAUGUAGAGUAUUACAUAAACCAUUAUUUUACACAAAAAUCUUGUCGAAUCGCCUCCCAGUGGCAUUAUACGCGUUUAGUCGUUACUCAAAUAAACGCAACGAUGUCGGGGGGAUUGGAUAUCUUGGCCCUCAACGAGGAGGAUGUGACCAAAAUGCUUGCAGCGACAACCCACCUUGGGUCUGAGAAUGUCAACUUUCAGAUGGAGACAUACGUGUACAAGCGUCGUGCUGAUGGUACACAUGUCAUCAACCUACGUCGCACGUGGGAGAAGUUGGUGCUAGCAGCCAGAGCAGUUGUGGCUAUUGAAAACCCAGCAGAUGUGUUCGUCAUUUCUUCUCGUCCAUUCGGUCAGAGAGCAGUGCUGAAGUUUGCCGCACACACCGGCGCUACACCCAUUGCUGGACGUUUCACUCCUGGUGCCUUUACAAACCAGAUUCAAGCCGCAUUCAGGGAGCCACGUCUCUUGAUCGUUCUUGACCCAGCACAGGACCACCAGCCCAUCACUGAAGCGUCAUAUGUCAACAUUCCAGUUAUUGCUCUUUGCAACACUGACUCACCACUCAGAUUUGUUGACAUUGCUAUCCCAUGCAACACUAAGUCGUCACACUCAAUCGGUCUUAUGUGGUGGUUGCUCGCGCGUGAAGUACUCCGUCUGAGGGGUGUUCUAGCACGUGACCAGCGUUGGGACGUCGUGGUGGACCUGUUCUUCUACCGUGACCCUGAAGAAAGCGAGAAGGAAGAACAACAGGCUAAGGAACAGGCUGUCGUUCCAGUCAAGGCGGAGGUUCCUCCACCAGUACACGAGGACUGGAUCGAGCCUGAACCUGUUACCUCCUGGACUGAAGACGCCGCCCCCGUCGCCGCGCCGGCCUUCGGUGCGACCGCUGCUCAAGAUGACUGGGCUGCCCAGGUACAAGAGGAACUUGGCACAGCUGCGCCAGCGGUUGCCGCUGCUGCUACGCCAUCGUGGGGAGGAUCUGCUCAAGGAUGGAGCGCGUCGUAA